GCGGGGACUGGAAGGCGCGGGUUGCUGGUUUGCAGCUUUGCUUGGUGAUUACAGCGCUUUAAAAACCUUCGGAACCAUGCUGCGUCCUUCCCGUCGGGGUUCUGUGAGACUAGGCUGGCCUUUCAGUAAGUGCUAGGGCAGCGUUGUAGAAGCUAGCCGACGUCACGCGGAGGAGAAGGUGCCUGUGAGGGGCGUACCCUCUGCCAUGAAGAAGAUAUUUGGCUUCAGGAGUAAGGGCCCAUCGCCCUUAGGCCCCUCCGCCCGCCCGCGGAGCAACUGCGUCGGCUUUGGGCGUGAGAGUGCCAGUGGCUCCCACAUGCCCAGGUACCACAUUCACGACAAGGAUAUGGGCAAGAUCCACAAGGCUGCAAGCAUGGGCGAUGUAGCCAAAGUGCAGCACAUCCUUAUCCUUGGGAAAAGUGGCGUGAACGAUAGAGACAAAAAGGACAGGACUGCUCUACACCUUGCCUGUGCUUAUGGCCACCCAGAAGUGGUGACUCUCUUAGUAGAGAGAAAAUGUGAGAUAGACGCCCGUGACAGCGAGAACAGCACAGCUCUCAUCAAGGCUGUACAGUGCCAGGAGGAAGAGUGUGUGGGUGUCCUGCUGGAGCACGGGGCCAACCCAAAUGUGAUGGACAGCAGUGGCAACACCGCCCUGCACUAUGCUGUCCUCGGUGAGAACACAUCCCUAGCAGCCAAACUGCUGGCACACGGUGCAAACAUAGAGGCCAAAAACAAGGAUGACCUCACACCUAUGUUACUUGCUGUAAAGGAAAAUAAACAGCACAUUGUGGAAUUUUUAGUAAAGAAGAAAGCAAGUAUUCACGCAGUUGAGCAGUUUGGAAGCAACAGACAUUUAUUUGAAUAUGAUGGAAAGAGACUAAAAAAAUCUGAAAGUAGCAAUCCAGUGGAUAACGGUUCUGAAGAUGGCUCUUUAACCAGGUCUUCUAACACACCUGAUCCCGCUGACUCCUGGCCCACAUCAGAUGAGGAUGACUAUAAUUUUGAUAGCAAGAAUGUCCCCAAAAUUAACUUAACAGAGCUGUGGACAGCUGCUCAGCAGUCCAGGAAAAACCAAACAAAAUGUGGCUUUGAGCAAGUAGGAAAUCGAAUCCUGUUUGACAAUAGUAAUUCCAAUAGUGAAAAUGAAGAUGCAGUUGAAAUCCAACCUGGAACAUCAGCCAAAGUCCAGACGCCCUCUCCAUCCUGUCGGUCAUCUGACCCAGUGGAAGGAGCAGCUGAGGCAGCAAUUGGAAAAGAAGAAAAUGGUACUGAUAUUAUUGAAAGUGUUUCACAAGAGCAACAAAAUCACGACAAUUUAACCUGUGCUGAUGGUUGGCACAAAAAUAAUAAAAGUGAAAUGAUGUCUGCGUUAGGAUUAGGAGAAGAUGAAGAUGAAGACUCACCUUGGGACUCUGAGAGUGUCUCUGAGAGUGUUUCACUGAAAGGUGUGGGUCACUUAUCUGGGGCUGCAGAUCAGCCAGGAGGAAGUAGAGUACUUGGACAAAUAGAAGAUGUGCCUUAUAUACCUUCUUGUAUGAGUGGAUCAAGAAACUUUAAGAUGGCUAAACUAGAGGAGUCAAGAAACGUAGGCAUUCCAGUAGCCCACAUGGAGGUCCACAGGAAGUAUCCAGUCAUGGAGCCUACCAUCAAAAGGAUGGAUCCUGUUCUGAGCAAAAUAGUAGGAAUGAAGGACGCACAAAUAGUCAAAUCAGAGCCAGACCUAGAAAUUGUGUCAAGAGAAGAGCAGCAAAGGCUCGGUGGCAGUGAAGACGGCCAGAAGAAGGCUGAAGAGAAAAGAAAGUGCAAGAACAAUGAAGCAGAAGUAUCAGGAAAUCUAUACAGUGGGGCCACUGACAGUGAUGGUAAUGGAUUAAAUCGACAGAGUGGAAAAGCUGGUAACCAGCAGGCUCCUAUGAAGGGGUGCGAAGGACACGAGGGUGGUCCUGCCUGCCUUAUGAAGGAAGCGAAGAAGAAGGAAAAUGAACAGUGGGUAUCCAGAGAAACUGUUAUGGUGCCGAUGAUUGAGAAAGCCGGCUCGCCAACCGGUGGGCCGCUACAGAUGCAGGAGGGUUCCAGUUUGAGUGACACAGACCAAAGUGAAUCAAGGCCCAUAAAGAAAACAUCUAAUAAGAAUAACAAGGUCACUAAACAAAUAUCUUCUGUGGCUGACCCUGAUGACCUAACUGAGUCCUCUGAAACCGCUUCUGAGGACUGUGAGGUACAGUGCCCCGAUUAUGAGAGCAUUGUGUGUGAAAUUGAGCAUCUCAGAAUGGAGUGUAAAGAUAUUGUUAGUUUAUUGAAGAUCCGGGAUGCAGUUUAUUCAUAUAAAAGAGUAAUCGAAUUUAAAAAGAGCCACUGUGAACUACUUAGAGGAAAACUUAAAAGAAUGGAAAAUAAGUGUAAGGGAUUACAGAAGGAAGUAUCAGAAACAAAAGAAGUCAAGUCACAGCUGGAGCAUGAAAAGGUGGAGUGGGGGCAGGAGCUCUCCACCGUGAGGUUUGCCCUGAAACAAGAGGAAGAGAAGAGGAGAAGUGCAGAUCAGCUCUCUGAGAAAACUCUGGAGCAGCUUAGAAGGAAAGAAGAGCAGUAUCAGAGUGAGGUGGAAGCAAAGCAGCAGCUUGAAGUCUCUCUCAGAACCCUGGACGUGGAGUUGAAGACAGUAAGAAAUCAUCUGAACCAGGUUUUAGAGGAACGAGAUGAGACCCAGCGGCAGCUGACCCGGGAGCAGGAUGCCAGACUGCGGCAAGAUGGGAUUCUUGCUCAUCACCUCUGCAAACAGAAGGAGAUAGAAGAGGCCCAGCGGAGGGUGACUGCGGAGGUUUCUGUUAGUCACGAAAAGGAAAAAGACCUAUUGCAUAAAAAUCAGAGGCUGCAGGAUGAAGUUGCCAUGUUAAAACUGGAAAUGAACACAAUCAAAAACCAUAACCAGGAAAAGGAAAGGAAGUACCUGGCGGACAUCAAGACUGCAGAUGAAAAGAGUGAGAAGCUUCAGAGGACGAUAAGGCUCAAUGAAGAGACAUUUACAAAAACAGUGUCCCAGUGUAACGGGCAGCUCAACGCUCUUCACACUGAGAACGCAAUGCUCAGCUCUAAGCUGGAGCGUGAAAAACAAGAUAAGGAACGACUGGAGACAGACGUGGAGUCACUGCAGUCCAGACUAGCUGCGGCUGCGCGCGACCAUGCCGAGAUUCAGACAUCAAAAAGAGACCUGGAGGCUGCUUUCCAGAGAGCAAGAGACGAGUGGUUUCGUUUGAAAGACAAGAUGAAUUUUGAUGCGUCCAACCUCAGAGAUAACAACGAGAUUCUCUCCCAGCAACUUUCUAAAACCGAAAGGAAAUUAAAUAGCCUGGAAAUUGAGUUUCACCACACAAAAGAUGCGCUCAGAGAAAAGACUUUGGUUUUGAAGCGUGUACAGAGAGACCUCAGCCAGACACAGUGCCAGAUGAAAGAGGUGGAGCACAUGUACCAAGAUGAGCAAGGGAAGGUGACCAAAUACAUGGGGAAGCAAGAGUCCAUAGAGGAGAGGCUGGCUCAGCUGCAGAGUGAAAACAUGCUGCUUCGGCAGCAGUUAGACGAUGCCUCCAACAAAGCUGAGAGCAAAGACAAGACCAUAGUUAGCAUCCAGGACCAGUUCCAUGAUACACUGAACAGAUUCCAAGCCGAGAGUCGGAGGCAGAAUCUGACGCUAGAGGAUAGAAACAAGGAGCUGAUCAGUGAGUGCAGUCAUUUGAGAGAAAGAGUGUCUCAGCACGAGAAUGAGAAGGCAGAGAGAGAAGUAGCUCUGAGGCAACUCCAACAAGAGCUGGCCGACACCCUAAAGAAGCAGGCCAUGUCGGAGGCCUCCCUGGAGGUUUCCUCCCACUACCGCACCAGCCUAGAAGACGAGGCACGGGAGUUAAAGAAGAAACUAGGUCAGCUCAGCAGUCAGCUGCAGGAAGCUCAGGAUCAGCACAGAGAGGCUGUCCAGCAUGCUGAGAAGAUGCAAGAACACCUGCAAAGGCUUGAACUUGAAAAUUCUGAGUUCAAAGUUACAAUAAAAAAGCAAUCAGAAGAAAUUGAGCAACUUCAGGAAAACCUGUCAAGUGUGAAUUUGUCUGAAGAGGAUAAAGAAAAACUGAGGAAACUUACUGAGUUGAAAGAAUCUCUGGAAUAUACUUUGGAUCAAGAACAGAAGAAAAAUGAUGCAUUAGAAAAAGAACUCAUAGAAUUUAAGGAACUCUUAAAGAUGACUAAAAAGGAGUUAAGUGAACAUGAAAACAGAGAACUUAAUCUCCGUCAAGAUAUGAAAAACAGUCAACUUGAAAUGGAUGUCCCAGUUAAUGUGCUAAUAAAUAAGAUUGAUGAUCUCACAUCAAAACUGGAAACCGCAUCUUCAAAAUGUCUACAUCUGGGUAAAAAAAAUCAGUUUCUUCAGCAGGAAUUACUGUUGAUGAAAACUAUACAGAAGAAGUGUGGGAAACUAGAGAAGAAUAAAAAGAAGCUGGAGCAGGAGGUGGUAAGGCUCAGAAGUCACAUGGAAACGAACAUGGUGGAGCACAGCGAGGUGCAGCGCUACAGGCAGGAGGCCGAGGAGCGAGCGAGGCAGGACUUGGUGGAGAAGUUGAAACAGGUCAACCUCUUCUUGCAGGCACAGGCAGCAUCUCAGGAAAACUUGGAGCAGUUGAGAGAGAGCAGUAACGCUUCAGUGAGAACUCAGCUAGAGCUCAGGAUCGAAGACCUGGAAUCCCAGCUCUCCAAAAUGAAAACUCAGGAAGACCUUGAUAAAAUAGAACUAGAAAAAUAUAAGCAACUCUACCAAGAAGAGUUCAGAGUUAGAAAAUCGUUGUCAAGUAAACUGAAUAAGACUAAUGAGAGGCUGGAGGAGGCCAGCACCAAGCUCCUCCUGGAGGAACAGCAGAACAGAUCUCUCCUAAGCACUCUCAGUGCAAGGCCUGUUGUAGAGUGUCCUUGCAUUGGUAGUUUUCAUAAUAGUUUGGUAUUCAACAGAACUUUUCUUCCAAGAGAAAACAUAGUGAUUCCUACCUCAAGCCCACAGCCAUCAAAUAAAAGAGUGGAAAUCUACCUGACCAAGAUGCAUCAGGAGUUGGAAAAAAGUAUAAAUAGAGAACUUAAAGAAGCUGCUGCUGAACUGGAAUCUGGGUUCUGCCAACUUUCUCCCCUUGGAUCUGCUACUAAACCAGAUCAAGAUCUACUCUCAGAAGCAUCACAAGAAUAUAUAGACAUUUUAAAGAAAAAAUACAUGAUCUGCUGAAUUAAAAAGGAAAAAGAAAAGUCAUGAGAGUAGAAGUGGGACUGUUUGGGA